CCCUUGUUUGAAUGUAUAAUUGUAGAUAUUAUGAGGAGUACAUGUUAUAUUUCUUUAAAUACUAAUGUGCAAUGCAUGGUUUAGGCCCUUUAGGGUUUAUUGGGAGUCAAGAAAUCCAUCCUUUUAAAUAAAUUGUUAUUGUUUUUUUUUUUUUUUUGGCUUUAUACCACCGGUUUAGUCCGGUUCGGGGGCGAGUUCUGGCAUCAAGUGGUUCUAUCCCCCUCCCGAUCGCAGUUGCGGGGGAUCGAAUGUGAGUUGGUGAAUUAAAACAAUAUCCUAAACUAUAGUUAUUUACUUGAUUAUUUGAUAGAUGUUGCUGAACUAGUUAGAUCUUACCAGCAUUAUUUUUUGAUUUGAACUAUAGCAUAAAACAUUUCCAGGUAAAUGAUACAUCAUACAUGGAUACAUGUCCUGUUAACACAAUCUACUACAGUUCGAUGCAGUUUCUGUCAAGUAGAAUGAACUUUGGUUUUUAUAUCCUAUGUCUAUCUCAAGAAAAUAAUUAAUAAUGUUGGAGUUUUCUUUCAUAAGCCUGCUAUAUUGUUUUGGGUGCGCCCUUUGGUGGAAAUUUUAUUGUGUAGUGCUGCUGGGUUUGGGAGCUUGCUUCUUUUUUAUUGUUUAUCUGAUGUAUCAAUAUGUUUGGAACCUUUGUAUUUUUUCCCCUCUGUUUUUGGGUGAGCUGCUAGCAGGUUCCAUGUUAGAGCUGUCUUUUGUUCUCUUUUUAGGAUACUUGUGCUUGUGGUUGGUAAUGCUCUGGGGAGAAGUUUUGUUAUUGGCAUGUCUUCUGCCAUGUUUUUUUAUCUUAAUAUACAGCCAAUGGCAACAUGUGAAUGACUGAUGUGUUGUUCCAUUUUUCAAAGCAAAUAAUUAUCUGCAGUUAUUUUAGCAUACAAACAUGUGUACAAAAGCUUCAAAGGAUAUGUAUAAUCGUAGAACUCAAAUUUCAUACUCAAUAUUUUAGAUACUUAAACACAUAGAAGGGAUAUACCAUAUCUUGCAUCUUUCAUUCCAAUAUAAUGAACAAUCAUUUAUUUCUUUUUCCAACAAUUAUAACAUUUGACAUUACAGAUUGAAUAAUGCCAAUCUUUUUAAUGUCUAGACUGAUUCUUAGUUUGUUAGAACUAUUUGGCGGUAUUUAUUUGAAGUCAUCCAAAUUCGUUUUUGUAAUCUUAUUGCUGAAUUUUUUUCCCGCAGAAAGUGUUUGAUUUGGCUCACAUUUUAAGGUUUUAGAGAUCUUGUUUUAAAAUUCUUGUCAAUAACUAAAACAAGUUUGGUUCUCAAUGUAUAUAGUUUGAGGAAUACAUGUUUUAAUCAUUUUUUUUUUUAACAUUUCACUCUCUUUUGUCUAGUGUUUUUGUCAAAAUAAUCGUUACAAAAUUCCAGUCAUAUGCACCUUAAAUUCUUUGAUAGAUAAUCAAAAUGAGUUGACAAAUCAUGAACUCAUUUUGUUGAAGGAAUGUGGUAAAUUCUUUCAUAUUUCACUGUCCUGUUUGGUUGCACUAUUUUCCAAAGCACCACUCUUUCCCAAGGAAGCUCUUUCCCAAGGAAGCUUUGAGUGUCUUUGCUAUUGCCAUUUCCCUUGAUAUAGAAUUGUAUUUUAAAUGAAGAAAAAAAAUGUAAAUUGUGCGACAAGUGAUAUUUUACCCCUUUCUCUUUAACUCAAUAUGAAACUUCUUUCAUCACCAACCCCAAAUAAGCCAAUAUUCAUGGAACAUGAAAAUAUCAUUGCCUCAAGUAUUGCUGUAUUUUUUCUGGCACACAAUUUAUUUCUCCCAUGUAAACAACAAAAUAUACGCAUCUUUUCAUGUCUCACACAUAUAGCACUAUAUUGUCUAUUCUAUUUCCUUAAUAUAUAGAGCUUGUAUAAACCCCUUGUAUAAUAUCAUUGCUUAUGCCAUAUUCAUAGCCAAAAUCAUCAUUCGGUACUACUGAUAUAAUAGAAUAGGUACUUAGGGUUGCUAUAUCCUCCUAUUUUUUCUACAUAAAAAUGGCAACCUCAGUAAAUAUUAUCUGCAAAAGAACUGUGGUGAGCACAAAGGCAAUUGAACCAGGAAAGUACUUACCCUUAUCCGUUUUGGAUCGUUUCAUGGAGAAAAACCAUAUUAGAAUGGUAUACUAUUACCAAAGUUCAGAAGAAUCAGAGCUUGGAAAAUUGACCAAGAAAUUGAGAGAGACUUUGUCAGAAAUGCUUACUCAUUUCCCUAUAGUAACAGGAAGGUUGUUAAGAGAUGAUAUGGGACAUUGGAAGAUCAAAUGCAACGAUGCUGGUGUUAGAACGAUUGAGGCAAAAGCUAAAGGUAGUGUGGAAGAGUGGCUAAGAAGUGUGGAUAGGGAAAAGGAACUUAAACUUGUUUAUUGGGAAGAUAUGCAUCAAAAGCCUUACUAUUGGUCAACUUUUUACGUUCAGCUAACUGAAUUUGAAGAAGGUGGAUUAGCAAUUGGCCUAAGCUGCAUUCAUCUAUUGGCAGAUGCCAUUUGUGCAACAAAUUUCAUGAAGGCUUGGGCUGACAUUUCAUUAGGCAACAAAAUGGUUUCACCUCCAAUAUUCCACCCUUUACCUCCUCAAAACACACGAAACAAAAAGCCCAAUAACUCAUAUAUGGGCUUAAUAUCUCACUAUAAAUCCUCAAUUGAGAAGCCCAUUUCUAUCAAGGAAUCAAAGUACACCACCAUUUCUAUGGGCUUCUCCCACCACAUGGUCCAGGCUUGCAUGUCCAUGGCCCAAAUCAAUGGCUCAUCAAGCCCGAGCCCAACCUCAACACCAUUUGAAGCCCUAGCCGGUUUGUUUUGGGUAGCAUUAAGCAAAAUCAAAGGUAUACAAAAUGGGCUUGUUGACAUGUCCAUAUGUUUGAAUUCAAGGAAAAUGAUGGGUUUAGAUCAAGGAUUCUUUGGAAACUCCAUGCUAUACAAUAAGGUGCAUUUAGAAGAAAAUUUCAAUUUAGAUUUAUAUGAGAAUAAAUUUCCACAAGCUACUAAAGCCAUAAGAGAUACUGUGGCUAAAAUUAACAAUGAGGAGAUAAUGAAUUUAAUUGAGUGGCUUGAAAACAAUGAUAUAAAUUCAUCUACAAUGAUGAACGGUCAUGAUUUUGUUUUUACUAGCUUAGAGGAUGUUGACCCUUCAGCUAUAUUUCAAGAUAUGUUGAAACCAAUUCAUGUCUCUUAUUACAUAGAGCCAGUUUUUGGAGAAGGACAUGUUUUGAUCCUUCCAAUUCCACUUGAGGAGGGUCCCUUAGGAAGGGUAGUAAUGGUGACACUUGAAGAAGAAGAGGCAAUUAAGCUUUGUGAAGAUGAAUUUAUUUCACAAUUCUCUCCUAAUAUCUUAAUGAAAUGUGUCAAUAAAUAUUAAUUCUGUUUUAUGCAUGUGUGUCAGUAAUGGUGAGAUUAUCUUCUAAUAAAAUUGUAUGAUUGUAUUCGCACCUUCAUAAGAACAUGAACUUAUUUAUUGUCUUCAUCAAGACAAUUUAAAGUGAUG